GGUGCCCCAAGAUAUCGGAGAUACUGGUUUCCUUAUGGGGCUCUGGACAUUAGGCCUUUUGUCCCAAGGUCCCUUUAAAUAGUUUGUCCCUUACCUGUGUACCGCCCAGGACAGGUAAUCGCAAGCCCCGCCCCUUGGCCAGAACCCUGACCGUGUCUAGUUACUAGAAGUGGGGGGUCGCCCCUCCUCCCUCCCCCCUUCCCACUCUCUGGCUCCCCUUCACAGCUGGCCGCAGCUGGCCGAGGAGGCCCCGAUUAAAGAAGAGGGGACAGUGCUCACAGGUCUAGGCAGGUAAGUAAUCAUCCCUGAAAGCAGAGCCUGGCUUGGGGACCCUGGUGUCCCGGCUCUCCGCCCCUCUCGGACCUAGAAGUUCCGGCCUUCAGGCCCACGAGUCCAGCGUACCUGCCCCGUUCAUUCCCCUCAACCCAAGAAUAUAGUUUCCUGUUUUUGUCUCUCCUGUAGCCUGUGACCUCUGUGGGUGGAUGUGACAGUGAUCACGGAGAGGGGUGGACCGUAAGUGGAAAUUGCCAGGCGGAAGGGACUCCAGAUCACCAGUUGACAUGUGUAGGUGCCCCCUUGAUGAGUGCUGGGGCCACGGUGAUGAAAAAAAAAACAUCCCUGGAGGGACACCACCCUCCCUCAAAUCCUGGCUUUGGCAUUUGCAAACUGUGUGAACUUGGGCAAGUUAUUUUACCUCCCUGUGCCUCGGUUUUCUUGUUUAUGAAAUGGGCAUAAUAAUAGGACUCUUGUGCAAAUUAAAAUAAGUUGAUCUAGGUAAACUGCUUAGAACAGUGCCUGGCACAGAAGACUGCUCUGGAAGCAUCUGCUAUUGCUGUUAAAAUUCAUGGACCACAGAGUUUAGUCUAGUUGUGGGGAUCUUGCAUCAGUCCUCAGAGCUCUGGUGGUGCAGUGGUUAAGAGCUUGGCUGCUAACUGAAAGGUUGGCUGUUCAAAUUCACCAGCCAUUCCUUGGAAACCCUAUGGAGCAGUUCUACUCUGUCCUAUAGGGUUGGUAUAAGUUGGAAUUGACUCCAUUGCAAUGGAUUUGAGGAUUUUUUUUUUUUUCCUCAGUCCUUAAGGGCUGAGGCACUUUGUCACCUGUACCACAACUGGCUCCAGGUGUCCACAAAAUAUGAGGGGCCACCCCUCUCUGCUGCUGCUAUACCUGGGAUUGAGCACCUGCUUGGACACCUUACCCAGUGGGGAGCAAGACCAAGAAGUCUUCCUGGACUCCCCAAAGGCCCAGAACUUCCUGGGCAGCCGCAGCCGGAUUCCACGUGCCAACCACUGGGACCUGGAGCUGCUGACGCCUGGAAACCUGGAGCGGGAGUGCCGGGAGGAGAGGUGUUCCUGGGAGGAGGCACGGGAGUUCUUCGAGGACAACACGCAGACUGAGCGCUUUUGGGAGACCUACAUCUACAAUGGCAAAGGAGGGCGUGGACGAGUGGACAUAGCAGGCUUGGCAGUGGGGCUGACGUCUGGUGUCCUGCUUGUCGUCCUGGCUGGCCUGGGAGCCUUUUGGUAUCUACGCUACCGACGUGGCCGAGGCCAGCAUUCCUGUCCCCAAGAGUAAGGGAGCUUCAAGGAGGAUAGGUGGGAUAGAAAGCAGAGUGAGCUGUAGAGGGAGGAAGGGCCUCUGUGAAGGACAGGCUAAGAAUUAGAGGGGGCUGUGGGCACUGAGGAAAGAUUUGAGGGAACAGACAAGUGAAUGGUGAGUCUGAGCUUCCUUGUGUCCUCUUAUGGUAUCUGCGGAGUGUCUUUUUGUCACUGUACUUGUGUGGGGUAGGCGGUGUCUUUCUGUCUUUAUCAUAUACGUAACAAAUAUGUUUUUAGCGUAAGUAUAGCCCGGAUAUCAUAUGGGAUAUACUUAUACUACAUCCUCAGUAUUACCUAUGCAGUAGGAGCUUAAUAAACAUUUGCUGUUUGCCUGUCUUUGUGGCACCAGGUUUAUGCUGAUUAUCGCUCACGAGAAGCCCUGGUGGCACAAUCGUUAAGCGCUUAGCUGCUAACUGAAAGAUCAGCAGUUCAAACCCACCAGUGGCUCCGAAGGAGACAAGAACUGGCAAUCUGCUUCUGUAAAGAUCACAGCCUUGAAAACCCUAUGGGGCAGUUCUACCAUCCUAUAGCAUUGGUAUGAGUCGGAACCGACUUGGUGGCACACAACAUACAGUACAUUGCUCAAAGUCCCUAGGUGGUGUGUAAAUGAUUUGUGCUCGACUAGUAACCUAAAGGUUGGCAGUUUGAACCCAUCCAGCCGAUCCAUGGAAGAAAGGCCUGGCGAUCUGCUUCCAUAAAGAUCAAAGCCAAGGAAACUCUAUGGAGCAGUUCCACUCCGUUACACAUGGAGAUUCCAUGAGUUGGAAUUGGCUUGAUGGCAGUUUUUUUGUUUAUUGGUUUGCUUUUUUUUUGGUAUCUAUCACUGUGUGAAUGUAUAUCUGGUGAUACUGUGACUGGGUAGCCUGUAGUAUGUGUUGUAUGCAUGUCUGUGGCAUGUAAGGGGUCCCUAGGUGGUGAAAAUGGUGAAGCGCUCAACUACGAACUGAAAGGUUGGCAAUUCAAACCCACCCAGAGAUGCCUUGAAGAAAGUCCUGGCAAUCUACUGCCAAUUUCACAGCCAUGAAAACCCUAUGAAUCAAUUCUACUGUGCACUCACGGGGUCACCAUGAGUUGGAAUCGACUCGAUGGCACUGUUUGGUUUUUGUUAUUUUGUGGCAUGUAGGUUUACAUGGUGACAGUGUAUGUGUGUGUAUAUAGUGUCUUGGUGUGUCUCAGUGGGAGGGUCUGAGAGUGUUUUUGAAUGUCAGUCUCAGAAGUACAGUGGGUUUGGAAGUUUUAAGGAAGAGUUUAUAUAGUAAGAGUGGAGAUCUGGGAAACUUAUGACAAGAGAGUAUCUCUGGGUUGUGUUCCCGUCUCUAUCAGCCGAUUUCUGUUUGUCUUUUUCUGCAUCACUCUGCUGGGACUUGGUGGGUGUUUGUGUGUGACGGUCUGCCUCCCUGGUUGUCUCCUGUUGUCUGCCUGUCUGAGCGUAUCUAUUUGCCUGUCCUUUUGAGGAGCUUUCCUGUGUGUAAGGCUGGGUUGAAGGUGACCCUUCUUUUCUUCCGCCUCUGGCCCCCUGCCACCUUCAAAGUCUGUCUUACAUCCUCUUUCCUUCUCCCAAGUCUCUCUAUCCUGGGACUUCUCCUGCUAACAGUGCACCUUCUCUGUCCCCAGGGCCGGCCUCUUCAGCCCCCUGAGCCCCCCGAGCUCUCUGGGCCCGCCGACGCCCCUGCCCCCACCCCCAGGCCUCCCCACCUAUGAGCAGGCUCUGGAGGCCUCUGGGGUGCACGACGCUCCUCCACCGCCUUA